GUACGCCCGCCGGACGGAGAUAGACCACGUGACUUACUGUUUACGACGUUUCGUGAUUCGUUUACCGGUUCGGUUCGAGCAAAGUGCGCUGUGGUGUUGGUUUUGGUUUGGUUGGGGUCGUAAAUGGUUGAUCUGCUUGGUUUGGAGGUGAGGUUUUGUGCCGUUGGACGUUCUGGAGAAGGUGCUGGGAGAUUUUUGGAUGAGGUCUAACUCGACGAGUAACUGAGUAACCGAGCAAAAUGAAAGCUACAACGGACUAAUUCAGUCCACCCAUCACCAUCAGCCAUGCAGUGGGACCAACCGGAUAGAACGAAAACGAAAAAAAUUUCGCGAAAUUCGAAUUUCGGCUUAAAUGAAUUCAUUUCGAAUUCACUCGACUCAUAACUCUGUAUUCGAUCAAUUGACUUAAUAAUUCCGAUGGAUUCGUUAUUUUCCAUUCAGCGCGGCAACGUCGCGCUUCAUUUUAAACAGGACCAGAUGAAAUACAACGAAAUACGGUGAUCGAAAGAGUUCGGGAAUGAUAUAAAAGAUGAGAAGGGAUAUAUCGAGAAGCAGUAACAUCUCAAUAGAUGAUGAGAACCUGAAAGUGCGUGCUCCUAUUGAAGCGACGUUGUCGUUUUUGUGGGUGCUGACGCCGCUUGUGGCAACAGUGUCGGUGCUCGUGGUGUUUUUGAGCAUGGUGACUAACCAAUGGUUGCACACGGAAGAGAAGAUGAACAAUCCGGCCUACAAUGGUACUGGGGAAAGAGAAUAUCUGUCCAAAUUCACGAUAUCUGGAUUGUGGACCUUCUGUUUUACAAACCCUGGAGAGAUCCUUUACCAAUGCAACCGAAUAGACUAUUUCUCAAAAGAAAGGUACAGUCCAGAUCCAGGAGAUUCCGCAUUAGCUAUACCAUAUACUGUGACGAAAACUGUUAUAUUCUUCAUGCUGGCCAGCCUGCUACUCGGCACUGCCUAUGUGUUCAGCAUAAUGGGGCAAUGUCUUAGGAAUAGAACUGUCUACACUUUUAUAUCUGGAGUUAUUUUCACCGUAGCUGGCUUGGUGAUGCUUCUAGGACUCAUCAUCUACAUCUCAGUGUUCAAAUCAGAAAUCGGCAGUAAACUUCGUCCAAGAAGUCACUUCCAACCAGCUCCUUUUGUCUAUUGGUACGGCUACAGCUUCCUCCUCUACAUCAUUGGACUGAUCACUGCCCAAAUAUCAGGUGUAGCCUCCAUAUUCCUCUUCAUCUACAAGAUGCAGCUGGAAUGGAGGUACGAGAUAUAUAACGAGAUGAAGAGGGGAAAGAAGAAAACUCAACGUCCCAACCACUUUGUAAACCACGAAAGAUCCGUGUACUACCCCUGUAGAAGGCAUCCAGAGGCCUACAUCAACUCCAACAGUGCCAUACACUUCCCACCCAUACCACAGAAGCGGUACUUCUUCAGUAAGGAGCCCAUCAGUGAUUCACCGUGUAGUGUUCAUAGAGUUCCGGUGCAUUCGCGUAGCAAUUCUGUGAAAGACCUAUCGAGUUUCUAUGACUAUCCACCGCCACCUACGAUAAGUUACCAGUUCGAGAACACCUUCAACCGUGAUAGUUUCAGACGUUUACCGAGAGAUGUCACAACUAACACAGUGUCCACGACGGCAGAUGUUAAUUGUGAUAUAAUGAGCGAGCCGUUCGAAGAUUUUCCGGCUAUCGUUCAACACGAACACGAGUUUGUUACGUUCAACCUAGACCAACCGUUGCCUCUAAGAUCGCAGUCCACAGUUUCGAUCAAUUCCAAGAGUGACACUCUGAGACGAACUACGCCCGUCUAAUUUUGUGCGUUUUACGAGUUUCAACCUAUAAAUGAGAUGAGGGAAUUGAAUGCAGCCGCUAUGCACGACCUGUCUGAUUAUAGUUAUUCGAGCUGUAUGAACUAAUCGAGAAGAAGAAGAACAAUAUACCAAAACCACUUGAUUUGUUUAACCUUAAAUGUCUAAUUUUCUAUGUUCCAUGCAUUUUCAUGAUCCUCGCAAACUUCUGACAGGUUGCUAAAGAGAUUCACGGCUGUAUUCACUUAACCCAUAGAGUAAUAAUCAUAGAUAGAGGAAGUAUACGCAAUUUUUACAUGUCCCUAACAUGGUUAGAUUACGUUGUCGGAUUGUGAUAUAUUUUCAAAUCCACAAU